AUUUUGACACCCAUCCACUCUUUUUCUAUGCCGCUUAUCCUCACUAGUGUCGCAGGGGUAUGCUGGAGCCUAUCUCAGCUGACUUUGGGCAAGAGGCAGGGCACACCCUGGACUUAGCAGCCAUAGUAUAGUCUACCUUUCGGAAGGAAAUGUCUCCACCAAGAUGACCAUCUCUGUCUGCUGUGACUGUCCACUGUUGCUCCCAAGACGAAUGCCACGACUUCCUACACCUCAGACCACAUUAGGGAGAAAAGAAUUAUAGUAUACUGUAUAUACAGUAUCCAGCUUUUUUUGGAUGUAAUCGAUCCCGAAGCGCUGGAAGGAAUGAACAUCAUCCUCAUAUCUUCACUGUUUGGUGUAGCAGCAUUUGUUCUUCAAGCUGCACCGUCUAAAGAAGACUUGAAGGUCUCUGUAUCUGUGUGGCCGCCGGGAUCAAAGGUCUUCCUGGAGGAGUGUGUGGUGUUGCAGUGCACGGUGAUUUCAAACUCCACUUUCAUAUGGCGCUACCAAUGGUUCCGGCACAAACCCAACACAGCCCAGAAGACUCAAGAGAACCCCCGCCACUCGGUUUCUGGCGACAGCUACUCAAUCACGGCUGUGACGUGGGAGGAUGCAGGGAGUUACUGGUGUCAGGCCGAGCGUUCCGACAGCAACGGCACCAUGGUGAGCCUGAACGGGCCCACCACACUGAGUGUGUCUGAGCUACGUCUUCCCUCACUCACUCUGACACCAAGCACUCGACACAUGUUCAUCGGCGACACCUUCACUGUCCGAUGCCCUGAGCCUCAGACAAACUCCUCAUCUUGGGUACUGAGGCAAUCCUCCCUUAGCCACGGAACAAGGACCUAUGACUCCAAGACUGCUGCGUGUUCACCGCUAGGGGGCUCUGUUAGUGCAGCCACAUCUGGUACCUGUGUCCUCUCUGCUGCCAGGAGGCAUGCCGGGCUGUACUGGUGCGAGGGUGCUGAAGGCCGCAGCAGCGCAGUUCAAAUCACCGUUAGCUCUGGUCCGGUCAUCAUGAGGACUCCCGCCUUCGCCGUAACACAGGGGAGUAGUGUGGACUUAUCCUGUCACUAUUGGAGAGGCAACCACACUAAAAGCAUAUUUUUCAGGAAUGGCAUUGAAAUGUGCACUACCACUUCUUCCAGUCCUGGUAGAGACAUAAAGCUGACCUUAGAGAAUGUGACAGAGGCGCAUGAAGGCUUCUACAAGUGUGCUUCUCAGGACAGAACCAUGGAGAGCCCAGAGAGCUGGUUAUCAGUUAGACGCCACUCGUUAUCUGCCGAUUUGUCAGCUGGCUCCAGUCCUGGAUAUUGGAUUGCUUCAUGUGUUUUUAUCGUCUUCAUGCUGUUGGCUAUCUGGCUAAUCUAUUACUUCAGGUACAAGAUGAUCUACACCCAGAGAUGUUGGAAGCCUUCUGCCGAGGAAUCUCCACCGACGGCGCUUCCAGCCACCAAGCAGGAUGUAACAGAGGUACAGUGGGAUCUGUCCUGGAUGGAGAUGUCCAAUCUGCUCUCGCACACAUGAAAGUUCUCUCUCACCUCUAUCGUGGAUAUGAGCUGAGCAUUUACAGUACAAAUAUAUGUAGUGUAUUAAUCUUUUGAUUCGACCUGACCUGUUCUACAAUACGCAACAAGCUAAAUUGCAAUUGAACUGAUUUCAUUUCAAAGACUCAUAUGGCUGUCUGAAUUCAUCAGCAUUUUUGCAUAAAACGGAUGUACUCCACAUUUGUUGUAUACAGUAUGUCUCAGUGUCUUGUCUUGUAUGGAGUGCACUAUGGAUUUGUGCAUUGGUUGGCAUUGUGUGUUUCACAAUGUAUACAAUAUUUCCCAUUGAAUGUGCUUCUCAGUUGUCCCCUUGUCCCCUUGUGUCUCUGGUUUUCAGCCAACCCCCUCAAGAAUGUUUUUCAGCCAAGUGCCCUUUAACAAGAGAAAAGCAUUCUUAGUUGAAAUAUGUAAAUCACAGCACUGGAGUAUCAAUGUCUAUUUUAUUGCCAUUUUAAAACGCUCCUCUAUCCAUCCAUCUUCUUCCACUUAUCGGGUGGUCAAGUUGAGGCGUGGAAGCCUAAGCAGGGAAGCCUCCCCCGGCUACUUUGUCUAGCUCCUCCUGGAAGAUUCUGAGGGAUCCUCAGGCCAGUUGAGAGACAUAGGGCUCUAAUUUUGUGGCACAGGGUGGCGGAGCAUGGCAUACCCUAUCACAUCUGAUGUCAGAUCAAAGACUCAACCUGACGGCAUCUGAAAGUAUGAUGCCAACUAAUGAAUUCACAUUUUUCAGCCAAUCACAAACAGCCACAGCAUCAAAGGCUCUCCUAUUUGGCGACGACACAAGUACUAUGCCUGGAUUAGCCUGCUGCUGUGUUGAGCAGAGCUGGUCUACAAGCACAUUGUGGCUUCUGAUGUGCAGUCCAG